AUGCAGGCUGAUGUACCAGGAUGUAUUCGUACUCUUUCAGAGUUUAAGUCUUCUUCUGAUGAGGCAUUCGUCGUUGCUCUGGAGGACACCCACAACUUUGUCUUUGGAAAAGGUUCAGAUACUAUAGAAAAUGUGACCCCUUUAGAAUUGGUAUUGCGCUCUGAGGCUGCUGUUAAGAGUGUAGGAGGUUCUUUGGGUAAAAGAAAACAUGUUGAAGUAUCACGUCUACCUAUGGAAACUGUAAUUGUGGAAGUAAUGGCACGUCUCACAAGAGUUUUAUUCUGGGGUUUAUUUGACUCCGAAGGUAUGAGUCAACGUCGUAUGAAAAGGAAGUUUGAGGAUGAUGUAGACGUACUUGAAGGUUUUCUUCUGCCGCGAUUCUUUCUGAAAUUGUUAGUUAGUCCCACAAUGCUGCGGGAUAUCCUCAUGAAAGUACCGUGGAAUAUCUUCUUGCAGCUGUACGGUGCAGAAGAGAUCUCACUCAGAAAAUCUCGUGAAAAGGUCAUCCCUGCCGAGGUGGUAACGGCUCUCACUGGGUUUAGGGCUAACUUUGGAUGUGACUUUCUUUUUCACAUCUUUGUUGAUACUUGCCCGCCUGUUUUGGAAGCUAAAGUGACAGAUGUUGUCGCACACAUUAACACAACUUUGUUGACUUCAGUGUGUGAAACAGAUAACGGAUCCAGAACUUCUCUUGAUAAAGAAAAAACUCAUAAAAAUAGUUUGAAUGAUGGGGAUUUAUGUUUUUCCCACAAUAAUAACUGUACUACAGCUAUUGAUUCAUGCAAGAUAGAGAAAGAGCUUUUGGAAAGCAAGACACAUAGAAAAAAUUUGACAGAACCAUCACGCAAGUCAGAAAAACUUCACUCGAUUUCCUCUCGUCACAGCUUACCGACAUAUAUGUUGACUAGACGAAAGUUGGGAACAGGGUCAGGAGUGAAAGAUGAUAAUGAGUCUAUAGAAGUCUCACAUAUUGGGGAGAAUCAAUUGUCGUCUCCAGUAUCUGAGGAUGGGGUACAAUCUUCCUUAGAGGAUUCUGAUAGUGACACUGAUAUUUUGGCACCGGAGACACCGGUUAAAAAGAGAAUGCGAAAAGACACCGGUGCCAUCCCACCUUCACCCUCUCGCCCUACUAGAGAGGGUAUGAUCCUCUCAUAA